GCUGGAGGAAAACCAGUCACAAGCAGAAAAACAUGAGUUUGUUCUUCUCUCCUGAGCAUGAUCGAACACUUUCCACUGACUUAGUUUAAAACAUGAAAGCAUUUCUCUCAUUAGCUAUGAACUACUACUCCCUGUAUCACUCCUGGAUAUUUGGGAAUACGCUGGAAAAUUACCCCCCAAAAUGUCUUUAUUUCAAACAGAAAAUUACAGAACAAAGAUCUUGUGCACAUCCCAACAAGCAACAAAGCAGAGAAAUAAAGGUGCAUGAAUGAUAUAAAGUAUUGGCCACAAAGAAUCGCCAUUUUUAGUGAUACUCAUGAAUGUUGUAAUUGCUUAGUGGAGAAGAGAGAAAAUUAAAUAUAAAAUCCAAUAAAUAUGUAAGAAGUGCAGUUUACAGCAGGAUAAAAUUAGCCCCGACUUUGUAUUCCAUAAUAACGCGUCCGGCGUCAUGACGUCCGCCACGGUUGCGUCAUCACGUCUCCGCCCUCCAGAGGGAACGCGCACAUUCCUAUUGUCCAAGAUGGCGGCGCUGGUGCAGACCCUCCGACGCUGAUAUGUUUUUAACCGACUUUGUGCUCGUUUCUCGGCGUGUGUGCGGUCACCCAGCGGCCCGGGGAGAAGCGUGUGUUUGCCGUAGCUGCCGUCUGCAGCCUCAGCGUCGCUAACAGGCCUGGACUUCGCUGCCCGGGCCCGGAUUCCCAUCGCAGGCUCCGAAAAGUUUGAGCUCCAUCAUCCUUUGAAAAUGAAGCGGCAGGCCGGGAGAGAGGCGAGCCCGUCCAGGGCCGCCGCCAAGCGGAUACGGGAGCGGGAGAGUGCGCGGAGAGAGGAGGUUCCACCGCCGCCCCCACCGCUGGCCCUGCUGCUGGCAGACAGCCGGGGAUACCACCGCCGGAGCCGCAGCCGCGAGCGGGAGAAGCCGCGGCUCCGGGAGGAGCGGGCUACCGCCCUGGAGCUCCACCACCGGCACGAACUCAGCCUGCUCGGCCGGCCGCCCCUCCGCACCGCUGCGGCCGAGCUUCCAGCCUCCCGCCCGGGCACGCUGGAGUACAAGACGCUCCUCAUCAGCAACCUGGGCUCGCAGGUGUCAGACGAGGACGUGGAGGACGCGCUAUUCCACGAGUUUAAGAAGUUCGGGGACGUCAGCGUGAAGCUGUCGCACACCCCCGAGCUGGGCCGGAUCGCCUACGUCAAUUUCCGACACCCGGAGGACGCCAAGGAGGCCCGGCACGCCAAGUCCUCCAGGUUAGUGCUGGGAGAUCGGCAGCUUAAAAUCGAACCCAUGUACGUGAGGAGGCGGAGCGCCACGCCGCCCGACGUCGGGUAUUUACCUGUGCACGCGCCCUACCCGUACCGACAGCGUUCCCUGUCCCCUCCCGUGCCCGGCGUGAGCAACAUCAGGGACCUCCGGGCCCGCCACUACGCCCUGGAGCAGCUGGGCCUGAGCCGGGAGAGGGAGAGGCUGCUGGAUUAUUACGGCAUGCUGGAUGAGCGGGGUCGGCCCUACGGCUUCCCCCCCAUGCCCGUGGUGGAGGAUUUAAAACCUGAGGACGACCAGAGGGCCACCAGCAACCUGUUUAUUGGAAACCUGGACGGUAACGUCACAGAGGCCGAACUCAGGAGGGGCUUUGACAAGUAUGGCAUCAUAGAGGAUGUGGUGAUUAAACGUCCUUCACGUGGGCAGGGCGGGGCUUACGCUUUUGUGAAGUUUCAAAAUCUGGACAUGGCGCACAGGGCCAAAGUAGCCAUGCAGGGGCGGCUGAUCGGAGGCAACCCCAUAAAAAUUGGCUAUGGCAAAGCCAACCCCACCACCCGGCUGUGGGUGGGCGGGCUGGGGCCCGGGAACUCUCUGGCCGCCCUGGCUAGGGAGUUUGACCGUUUCGGAAGCAUUAGGAACAUAGACUAUGUGAAGGGGGACAGCUUUGCUUACAUUCAGUACGAGAGUCUGGACGCCGCUCAGGCCGCCUGCACACAGAUGAGGGGCUUUCCUCUGGGGGGCCCCGAGCGCCGCCUCAGGGUGGACUUCGCCAAAGUGGAGGAGAGCCCCUCUCGUCCGUUUCCUCCUGGCUACCAGCCUCCCGUGGCGCUGCCCUCUCACUACGACCUGCUCGGGGAGGCAUACAGCCGCCAUCGCAGCCUGGAGCGGGAGCUGAGGGGGGCCAGGGACCGCCUGUCGCCGCCCUCUCACAGCCUCCUCUCCCUCCGGGAGCGGGAGAGGGCCCUGCUGGAGAGAGACUACCCCACCAGCCCCACACGAAGCCUGGAGAGGAGGACGGCAGGCGUGGAAGCGUUCGGGAGGAGCGGGCGAGGAGCCAGGAGCCGCAGCAGGAGUAGGGAGCGCUGGCUCAAGGAGCGGGAGGAGAGGAGGAGCCGGAGAAGAAGCCGGAGCAGGAGCGUGUCCGCUGAGAGGCAGACGGAGGAGCGGGAGAAGGAGAGGGUGAGGUCCAGGGUUCGCGGUCCACUAGGCACCGUCUCUCCUGAUGCGAGCCCAGACCGAGCUCGGGUCAGAGCGCCGGACUCCACCACGGAGCCACGAGACCACUCCCCUGACAGCGGCGGAGGGGUGCGGCACUCCACCGCAGCCACUGCUGCCAGUGAAGAAGAUCCCCCGUCUGGCCGCCACCACAGCAAGAGGUCCUCCAGCGACCACGUCAACAACAACAACAACAACAACCACCACCACCAUCGAAACAGCGAGAUCAUCACCACCGGCUCCCCCGCUGCCAUCCACACCAACACCACCUCCCCCCCGAGCACGCUGUCUGAGUUCGCCCAGACGGCGCUCUCCAAGACGUGGCACGGCUUCUUCGCCUUGAAGAACAGUAGUUUCCCCACCGACCUGUACCUGCUGGAGGGCGGGGCGGCGUUCUUCAGCGCCGUGAUGAAGGACAGCCCGAAGCUGCAGAACCAGCCCAGCCAGCUAAAGAUCGCCCAGCGGCUCCGCAUGGACCAGACCCGGCUCGACGAGGUGUCGCGCCGCAUCAAACUAGGCCGCCCGGACAACUUCGCCAUCCUGCUGGCCCUCCAGGGCCCCGUCGCGCCAGGCCCCCGCCCCGAGCCGGGCCUGCAGGUGCGCUUGCUCCGUCACCUGGUGACGUACCUGCGGAACAAAGAAGCUGCUGGAGUCGUGAGCCUCCCCGCUGUAAAGGAGGGCGCGCCGGGGGCCAUGCUGUACGCCUUUCCGCCCGGCGAGUUCUCGCAGCAGUACCUGCAGGCUGCCAAAAGGACUGUGGGUAACCUGGACGAGGAGCACAUGGUUAUUGUGAUCGUCAAUGACACUAACUGAACCUGCACAGGUGUGAGCGCAGAGGAAUACUUCCAUGUUGUUUUUAGACAGAAAAGCAUUAUUAUUGUUUUACUCAGUAUGUUAUGAAUGAAACACGGCGAGCUACACUACGUCUGCGGCGCCCUCGGGGGCUCGUGGAAAAUGCGUUAUUAUAAAACACUUAAAUGAGGCUAAAACGCUGCACGCAGGCAGUGCUUGGUCCCGGCAGGAAGUAGAGUUUAUUGUGGAAGUCGUAUCGUGAGAAAUGCCCGUUUGUUACACGUGUCCGUGCGAUUAUAAACACGCCGCCGCCACCUUAUCGACGGGGAAACUUGACCCAGCCGACUGCCAGACAGAAUAAAGCAGGAAAAAUAUUACAAUAAAUAUUCACUUCUAAUAAGACAUAAUCAUGAAGCAGUGAACCAAAACGAUCUUAAAGGUCACGACUAAAAAAAGUCCGAAUUAAUACAGAAACUGGAUGUUUGACUUGUUGAACACAUAAAACCAAAGUUUAAUAUUAAAGUCACAAAGUUAAAAAAGUCAAACUUUGCUGUAAAACCACAGCAUAAAAAUUAUCUUUAAAAAGUUUGAUCAUUAUUUCUAUAAAUUAUUGUGGUUUAUGUGUCAAAGGUACAGAACAUAAAGUAGGAUGUUUAAAUAAAAAAGUGAAGUUUUAGAUUUGGAAAGUAAUGUUUCUAAAAUCCAUGCGUCACUUUGAUAUUUAAGAUUAAAAGCACAUUUUUGACUUCAUGUAUUUCUGUCCUUAUCUUGAAUGUGAUAAAGGCCACGCCCCCUCAGAGCUCAGGUGUCGGCUGACCCCGCCCUCAUCCUCUGAUCACUUCAGUAUCCUUAAAUGAUGAGAAAAUACAAUACAAACAGGAAACAGACAAAGGUCCCCUUCAAAACAAAAGCUGCGCCUUUUUAAACGUGUGCUUCAAGAAGAGCAGAAGCUCAGAGAUAAAAUAUUAAAGACAAGAACACAAAAAAACCCUUUUUUCAUGAUUAUCUGGAGUCACGAUAACGGAACAAGCCGACGUUAAAUCAUCAGAGUCUAAAGAUUUGAAAUGUAUGGAUUUUAUAUAUAGUAGUAAAAUGUAAAAUCUGAUGUUUCUCUCCAGACUUUCACAUCUGAUUGACUAAACUGAGGCCUCAUCUAAUUUAAUUCAAACAUUUUAUUUUUAUCAAAACUGCAUUUUACUCCUUUUUGACUUUUAAUAUCAUUAGAUUUGCUUUGAGAAUCAUAAAUGUGACGUCAGGAAGCACGUUUGGUUAUUCUACUUCAUAGUGUUCUUAUUGUUUGUUAAUGAUGAGGAUUUAUUUUAAUAAUUACUGAGGCUUUUUCUGCUUCGUGCUCUUCUUCGAACUGCUCAGUUUUCACAUCGUCUAGUCGCCGCCAGCUGUUGAGCACAUCUGCACAAGUAGGACACUGAGAGCAGGAAGUACCCUCAGACUAAACUGUCAUUUCUCACGAUACGAGUACACACACUUAUCGCUCAGAGCAGCACUUUUUCUAUUCUAAGCUGUUACACACAACACUAAACCCCGACAGGAGUCUUCGUGCGCUCUCUGAACUGUACCGAGCUGCCCCGAAUGUCCGAGCCGAGCAGCACCGGGUGGUUUUAUUCAGAGUACUGUAAACCGAGGGGGAAGCGGCACUUUGUCUCCCCCUGUUGGCUUCUUCUGGGACUUUUUUUGGUUAAGUGAGGCCGGUGGAUUCCCAACCCUCCGUCCCCACCGCUGUAAAGUUCAUGUUAGUUAGUGUUUUUAUCAAUUUAAAAUCAUUCCAGGUGUUUUGUUUGGAAGCUGUACGAGUGUGUUCGAUGUUGCAUGCAGGAAAAAAAGUUUGGUUUUGUCAGUCAACAAAACAAAAAGAAACGCCAGCUUCUCCAGGAAGCUGCUGAUGUUUGAUCAUAUUACUGGUUUUAUAUUGUACACAUUUAUACCUUUUAUUGGAUUUUAAUACAUCAGUCCAUCUGUUAUCCACACCUGCUUCUUUGUUUUUAUGUUUUCUCCCUUAAAUUGUCAUUUUUCUGGUCAAUUUUAGUCAAAUAAAACCUUUUAACCAAUGA